AUUUUGAUAGUUUGCGCGGCAAAUAGAGAGAGAUAUAAGGUUUUGAAUUGUACUGACUAUUGUUUUACAGAGUGGAAUAUUUAUAGGUGAGUGGUUGAUAGAAAUCAUAGAUUAUUUAAUUAAAUUAAAUAUUUUAAAAUGCAAGUAAAUUCACAAAAACGUGAGAAUACUCAAACUACAAUAUUAGCAUUAUUACUUACACAUAAAGGAGGAUGUACUCUACGGCAGUUAAAUAAUGAUUAUUAUGAAACAGAAGGUGAACAUAUACCAUGGAAAGAACUUGGAUAUAGCUCUUUGUUAGCUUUUCUAUAUAGUAUGUCAAAAACAGUUCAAAUAGAAAAUAAAAAUAAUACAUUUAUUAUACAAGGAAUUGCUUCUGAAAAAUCCAAACAUGUUAGUAAAUUAGUAGCUGGUCAAAAAUGUCAGAAACCAUUUUUUGGAAGAAAAUUUUAUAAACCAAAUCAUUAUUUUCCUACAACUGCUCCUCCUCGAAUUCGUAUACCAGCUGAGAUAUUAAGUAGGAUAAUCAGUUUAGUUAAUGAUCAUCCAGAUGGCGUAAAUAAAUAUUAUGUCCUUCAAGAAAUUCAUUUGUGCAUGCCUUUUGCAAACAUUACUAUGAAAGACAUGGAAGAGCAAUUACAGGAAUUAUCACAUACGAUUUUUCAAACAAGUACUAAAAUUUAUCCAAUACAUGCUAAAGUUAAAGGAUUUAAUCACUUAAAAAAUUAUAAUAAUAUGACUUCUAAUUCUAAAUCUCAAAAUGGAGAAAAAUAUAAAUCAUUAUCUGUAACUGUUGCUGGAGAUGAAGAUUCAAAUGAUAUAUUAAAUUAUGAUGAAGAAGAUAUUUUAGAGUUUUCACAUUCUGAUUCUUUUUAUUCAAAAUCAAUUAAAAGCAAAUCUACAUCAAGCUUUAUAAAAGAAACUGUAUUUAAAUAUCAAGAUCAAGAGACAGAAUGUCUCCAGAAUGAAACUCCAAAAAUUCAACAUAAUAAUGAUACUCAAAUUCAGAUGAAAUUGAAUAAUAGUAUUGAAAAGGAUGAAGAAAAUGUUUUAGAUAAAAAAAAUGUUGAAAUACUUAUAAAUGAAAGAAUCAAAUUUCGUUUGGAAAAACUUAUACAAAAUCAUCAUGAUGGAAUUUGGUGUGCUGAUCUACCAAAGAAAUAUCUAGAAGAAUAUAAAGUAUCUUUGAAUUAUGAAGAAUUAGGUUUUAAUAGUGUUAGAGAAUUUGCAUCACAAUUACCUGAUAUCUUUCAUUGCAUUCAGCCUCAUAAUGCAGGAGAUUUUAUGCUUUAUUAUGCAAAAAGAGAAAUACCUUCAAAUAAAAUAAAAGAGAAUGAUAAAAUUAAUAAUAUUACAGAUUGGUAUAAUAUUUAUGAAACAAUUGAUGAAGAAGCACUUCCAGCAGAAGUGUCACCUGAUACAUGUAAAAUAUUAAUACCAGAUAAUGUAAUGAGUAUUGGAGAAUAUGUAGGUUACAUAAAUGUUGCAGAUUUAGCACAAAAUGAGGAACCUUUCAUAGAAGUUUUUGUUGUAGAAGUAUUUACACCUUCAUUUUUUUGGAUACAACUUCGUAAAAAACAAAAAAUAUUUAUAAAGUUUAUGGAUGACUUACAUAAAUUUUAUACAAUAAAUCAUGAGCAAUAUGUGAUUCCACUAGUUGUACUAGAAAGAGGUUUAAAUUGCGCAUGUAUAUAUAAUGGGUUAUGGCAUAGAGGUAUAAUCAAAAGUGUAAAACCAGAUUUACAAGUCACUGUAAUGUUUUAUGACUAUGGAACAUUAAAAACAUAUUCUCCAGGAACAGUAUAUUACUUGCAUAGAAUGUUUUCCAAUUUACCAGCUCAAGCAAUACCAUGUGGUUUAAUUAAUACAAGACCAUAUAAAGGAUCUAAAUGGUCUCGUGGUGCUACUUAUUAUUUUGCAGUAAGAACAUCUAAAAUACCUUUAGUUGCAACAAUUGCAUCAGUUAAUAUAGAGGAUAAUUCUAUGAUAAUAAGUUUGACUGAUACAUUGGAAGAAGAAGAUGUACAUAUUAAUGAUUGGUUAGUUGAACAGAAUUUAGCAGAACAUGGAAAAAUGGUAGAUAAAGUUGAUAUGAGUAAUUUGUUGCUUUAUGUGGAAGAAAAUUUAAUAUUAUCACCGGAACAAUUUUAUGAAGAAGAAGAAACUAAUACAUCUAAUGAUAAUGAAAAUUUAUCUGAUAAUGCUAUUAAUAUGCCUUUGAUAUCACCACAAAGUACUUUAAAUGAUGAGCUUUUUAAACCUUCAUCAGACUGCAUAUCACUUGAUGAACAAAAAAAGUUACUAAUAGAAGAAGACAUUCAAGAUCAUACUUUUCAAAAUAAUUCAACAUCUAAUAUAUCUACUUUUAAUAAGAAUAAUACUAAUCCAUUUAUACAAGAUGAAUCUCUUUAUGAUCAACUUAAUGAUGAUAUAAGUCCUCAAAAAUUUAUGCAGUUAUGGCAAGAAAACAUGCAAAUACAAAUGCAAAUAAGUGCAACACUUAAUAUACUUCUUAAUAAAGUAAUAGAUUCUACAAAAAAUGUAAAUGAUAAUUUAACGAGUAAUGAAAGUACUUUAAAUAUAAUAAAAAAUGCAUUUUUACAUGCUAAUAAAAGAAUGCCAAUAUUUACAGAUUCCUCAAGUACAAACAUUACAAAUACACAAAAAAAUAUAUUUUUUUCAAAUGAAAAUAUUAAUAGAGAAAAAAAUACUGCUAUAAAUCAGCAAUCAUCUUAUACUGAUUAUUUUCAAAAUUCUAAUAUUCAAAAUUUUUUAAUGUCUACAAAUAAUGUUUUUGAUACAAUAAAUCAAUCUUUAUCAAAUCAAGAGAUAUCAGAUAUUCCUCUAGGAUUUGAAAAAUAUAAUUGUAAAUCUUUUGGAAAUAAUAUUGAUUCUGAUCAAAUAUCUAUAGAAGAUUCAAUAAAUGAUAAAACAUCUUUGAAAGAAACAAAUCCUUUUAGACUUAGUUUAGCAGGUAAAUUACAAAUACUUGAUACGCAAGAAGAAAAUUCUUCAUGUUCUAAUGAAGAUGAAUUAUUACAUGUUCUACAUAAAAAUUGCGAUGCGAUUGUGAAAGAGCAUGAUUCGAUAAACUGUGAGAAUGAUAAUUCCAAGAUUAAUUGCACAAAUCAACUUAAUCAUAAUGAUUCAUUUGCAUUAAAUGAAAAAUCUUUUAAUUUAAAUGUAGAUGAAGUUAUAAAUACAACGUCUAAAAUUACUAUUGAUGAUGAAAUUACACAACAUAGUAUUUGUAAUAAAGAAAUGGAAAAAUCAUUUAUAUUAAAUACAAAAUCUUUUAAUUGGAAUAUAGAUGAAGUUAUUAAUACAACAUCCAAAAUUACUACUGACAAUCAAAUUACACAACAUAGUAUUUGUAAUAAAGAAAUGGAAAAAUCAUUUACAUUAAAUGCAAAAUCUUUAAAUGUAGAUGAAGUUAUUAAUACAACAUCCAAAAUUACUACUGAUGAUCAAGCUGUACAACAUAAUAUUCGUAAUAAAGAAAUGGAGAAACAUUGUUUUUCACCGUCAAAGAAAACUCUUAUUGAUAGUAAUUUACAAUAUGUUGAAAAUGCAUACAAACAUGAGCCAAUUACAAUUGAUACUUCUAAUUUUAAUCAAUCUUUAUGGAAAAAACAUACUGAGUUUGUUGUAUCAGGAGAAAUUCCAAAUUGUAAAACUAUUAAUGAAAAUAUUACAUUUUUUCCAAAUUAUGAUUCAAGUAAUUAUAUAUCUUCAACUUUAUUGCAUGAGCAUAGUUCAGAAUAUUCUACAUUAGCAAAUACGAAUAUUAAUGGAAAACAUUUAACACAUACAUCUACUUCUCAUACAUUAUAUAGUUCAUCUCCAAUAAUAGAACUUAAUGAAGUGCAAUAUAAUCAAAAAUCAAUAACAAAUUCAAAUAAAGUAAAUAAUAUAUCUACUAAAAUAUUAUGUAAACCACUCAAAGAUACUACUCAAUUAAAAAAUUGUAAUAAAAUGUAUUAUUCUGAAAAUAAUGAUGAAAAAGGAAUAUGUAAUAAGAUUCAACAGGAAAAUAAUUAUGAAAAUAUUUUAAAUUUUGAAGUUAAUGCCAAUGCUAUGGAAAUGAAAAAUUCAUAUUCAAAAAAAACUGAAUUAAAUACUAUUGAAAAUGCCACAUGUAUUCCAGAAUAUUUAUCUCUAAAUCAUAAAAUAUUAUUUCAAGUAGUUGCAUUACCUAAACAGAUAGUGCAUAUAUUUCACUAUCAAGAAGAAGGAUAUUUAUUAGUAGAUGAAUUUAUUGAAAUAUUUAAUGAAUCAGAAAAAAUUUUAGAUAUGAUAAACUUAUUACAUACAUUCAAUAUACGUGUACAAUUUAAAGAAAUUGAUAGAACUAAGAAUUCUCUACAAUUCAUAAAAACUAACAGCACAAUGUCAAAAGCAACAUAUGAUAUAGUAAAUGGUACUAAUAAACUAUAUUUAAUGUCUUUGAAAUUAGCUUUAAAAAUAUUACAUAAAUUGGAAAUUAUUUCACAAAAAGAUAUUGCUGAUAUUUUUAUAAAUGAAAUAUUUUUAAAUGAUUCAAAUGUACAUAAAAUUUGGGUAAAUAUUAUAUAUUAUUAUUAUUAUUAUUAUUAUUAUAUUUUAUAUAUAUUAUAUAUAACGAUUUUUUUUUAGUUAAUUACCAAUGCAUAUAAACUAUUUAAAUAUAAUAUUGAAAUGGGCAAUAAUUGAAUAAGUGCUAUAUAUAUUUUAAAUAAUAUGUAACUAUAAUAUGUAUAUUAGGUAUUAAUCUAAUUUUUGUAAUACUUAUAUUUACAUAUUUUGUUACUUAUACAAGUUAUGUAAGAUGAAUAAUUUAAGAAAAAUAACAAUAUAUUUUUUCAACAUAUGAUUUAUAUGUAAUUAUAUUGUGAUUAUAUGAAGAUUAAGUCAUUGAUAUACAGUAAAAGUUCAUUUAUUUAAAUUCAUUGGAGGACAAAUAGAUCAUAUAAUAGUUUAUAAACUAUCUAUAUAUCUAACUAUUUUUCGUUCUUAAGAAUAGAAAUUUAUGUUCAAAUAUGGAUUUAAUUGGCAAGAUUUUAUUUAAUCAAAUAUUAAAUAAAAUUUCACUUCAGUAAAUAAAGUUCUAUUGUAUUUUACAAUUAUAUAUAAAUCAAAAAUUUCAUUAUAAUUUAUUUUUUAUCAUGAAACAAAUAUAAAAAUUAUUUAGAUAUUGAAAUAUAAAUGACAAAUUUUAUGCAUGUUAAAUAUUUGCAUUUUUUUUUUCCUUUAAAUAUCCAUUCCUUUUUAAAUAUUUGAUGAAGAUAUUUAACAUGAAUAUUAAGUUCAAUUUUGAUAUUAAUUUAAAUUCAAAUAGCUUAAGAACGUAGCUAAUUACGAAACAUUUGAAAAAUUUUUGAAAUAAGAAUUAUUAAUAUGAUUCUUUUAUACCGCCAAGUAUCAUAUGCACCCUCUAGUGAUGCUUUUUAGACUUAAGUAAAAAACGUAAGGAGGAACUUGCAUUGAUUCGAAUUAUAUCAAAGCGAUAAGUGAUAUUUUACUUUGAAUUUUAUAUUAAAUACUUUGAUUUUUUUUUU